AUGAGUAACACUACUAAUAUCACUAAAUUGCGAGUACUGUAUACGGGUGGAUUGCCGGCUGUGAACACGAAAUGCAUAGGAUAUCCGGUGCAGAAUCCGAAGAAGACUUGCAUGUUUCCCGGACUUCAUACGGAGGUAAGCACAAAGCUCUACCCUAUUAAAGGGUAGAGCUGAAAGGGGAAGUGUAACAAGUGCGACACUCAAAUUUUCUUUAAAUUUGGCGCACAUUUUGGGCACGGGCCACGUAUCAUUCCUUAAAAAUUUUAGCUCGCAAUUUGCAGGCGCAGCCUUGAUAUGUGACGAUCUUUGCGGCCGACAGAAUACGCAACAGGGGAGAGCGGCAAGAGAAAACUUUUCGGCUGUUUCUUUGCUAUUAGUUUCGUGCGAAAACCCCGAAAUUUUUACUCCUAAAAUUUGUCAAAAUUGGAUACCUUUUUGGGAGUUUAUGUACAAAAAUAUGUAUUUCAGCCUUGUUUCUACCGGAGAAGGGGGUAUUUUUAAAAAAGUUUCAACUGCGAAAAAUUGGCUAAUUGUAAGAGAUGGCGCAAACCUCUUACUGUCUCCAAGCACUCCCGGCAACAGAGAUUCGUUGAAUUCCCCCUCGGUCAUGCCGGCAAGGUGCGAGCUAAACUUUCAAGGGAUUCAUAUACGAACACAGCCCAAGAUUCACCCAACAUACAAAGAAAAACUGAACAUCGAACUUCGAAAAUUUCCUUGUAAAGAGAAAGUUUGUCGUCAACACCGCUUUUCAGAUUAUGAAGCUCUUUGCCGACAGACUGGGCUUGACUGUGGAGCCGCUAUUCAUCCAUUCGGAGCAACCAUUUAUAGGGGAUGUGGUAAGCCGGUGGAAGCGUAAAAUACGUAACCUCACAGAAUGAUUUUUUAUGUAUAACGGAAUAGGCGUGCAUUAAGAUACGCAAAUCAUAAUAUGAUAUUAUUCUAUCAGUCUGUCGGGAAAAUAAUGUGGGUUCGUCGUGCCUUCGAAUCACCACUUUGCGACGGCUAGCUUCGGCUGGAGAUUUGGUGUGCGACUGGCACAAGACUUUUGCUGCGACAAAUCCAAAUUAUUAUCCCGACAAACCGAGACAUACCAUGAAGAUGCCUCCCAAUACGUUGCCUUUCAGGAGAACGACACUGUAACUGGUCUACUAGGGUACGUUCAUAACGACACGGUCGAUACGAUCGCGCUUUGCGUUGGGCAAAGCGAUGAACGACGGAAAUACUUUGACUUUACCAAUGCUGUUUACUUUGUGAGUUGAUUUUUAAGAAACUGUCGAAUUUCGAAUUCUGGAAGGAGCUGAUGUUUUGCAGAAUCAGUCAAGGGCAACAGUUGACCCGGCCCACGGCAACCCAAAAUAGAACAAAAAUGUCUCCCGCCCACUUUUGAGUUUCGUCCAAACGAAGUGUCAAAAUUGGCAAAAGAAAUAAAAUAAUUCCGAGAAAAAUUGUUUUUCGGUCGGAAAACCACACGAAAAAUUCACUUUUGACAUUUCGUUUGAAUUCAACCGAUACUAGGUGGGCGAAGUGCCGAGACGAGGCGGGAGACUCCCUGGGUUGCCGUGCGGCCUGAAGUGCAGCCUGCAAGCGUGUUGAGACUUUCUGGCUUGCCUAUUAGUCUGUCCGGAAAGUAAUGAGCACAAUACCGUUCCACUUCAAAACGUCAAUGAAGUGGAAAGCAAUUUGAUUUUGCCGCGACACAAUUCAUUUCCUCGGCAGCGAUGCGAUUUUCAGUGCGACAUUGUGCUCAUUAUUUUCCCGACAAACCGUUGGUAAUUAUGGCAACUUUUUCAGUCCGUCGGCAAGGCCUUUCUCAAUGUCCCGGAGAACACGUGGAACAAGUUCUUUGCCUUCUUCCAAAGCUAUCAGUACACCUCCUGGAUUGGGAUUGGAGUUGCACUGCUUUUGCAGUGCAUUCUAUGCAUUUUCGUCAACCGAAUCGAAGCCCAAAUCCAGAUGGUUGGUUUUUAGCCGCAUGGUAUUUCCGAUUUCAUUGUUUGCAGAGGAACACAAAGAAAAGGUUCAUUGAGGUGGUCUGGCAAAUGUUGCGACUUCAAUUACUGCAAUCCGAGACCUUGCAAUACAGCUCUAUGGCAGGUGGGAAUGCGGGCGCUCAAAAAAUAUUUAACGACCAAAGUUUUCUAACAGUGUGUCGGGAAAAUAAUGUGGAUUUGUGACGCCUUGAAAGCGCCAAUCAUCGCUUUGCGACGGGAAGCCGCGGCUGGAGAUUUGACGUGCGUCCACGACGAGGCGCAAAAAUUUUUUUCUGCGACGAAUCCACAUUAUUUUCCUGACAGACUUCACAAGAAGGUCCACAUUAUUUUCCCGAUAGACCAGACCAAAAAUUUUGCACUGCGCGUGGUCGGCAUGCAUCGUGGAUUUUUUUCAUCGUCGUAUCACAAGCUUUAUGCGAGUUAGCGCACCGUAUUAACAAGGAGAAGUUUUUAGGCCCACCCAGUAUCAACCUGUCGGGAAAAUAAUGUGGCUUUGUCGCAGCGAAAUGUCUCUCACCGCAGAAGUCGCGUAACAUUGUCCUCUGCUGCGGCGAGCCGUCGUAAAAAGAUGAUGAGCGAUUUCAAGGCGCGAUAAAAAUCCACAUUGUUUUCCCGACAGACUGAUAAUAUACAUCAUUAAUGUCAUACUUUUCUGCCGUAAAAUCUUUCUGUAAUAUGAAAAUUACCAUACUAUGUAGAAUCUGGAGAUCAUGCGCAAAUUUUUAAGACACCUUUUCAGCCGUUAAAAAUAACUUCCUUUUGCAGGAAAAUUCUCGGUUGUUGUCUUCUCCCUAGUGCAAUGCACAGUUGUGAUGGGUGUGCUCAGCUCCUACAUCUACUCCAACCUUGUCCGACCCAAGCCUCCACUGCCUUUUAAGACAUUCUCUCAAUUCACCGCCAUGAUGGCGGAUCGGACAUUACAUCUGGUGGAGUUGACCAAAGCCAGCAUCUUUUAUGACACUGUAAUGAAGUCGAACGCAUCCGACUUUACUCGGAUGAGACAUGCGUUCAGUGGGAAUCCGCUGAGAUUGGGAACGUCGAUAAAGCACGUCCUACAAUUGCUCGAUGAGCCGGGCGCGGUCCUAUUGAGAUAUGUAGGUUGGAUUUUGAUACAAAUAAUACAACUACGUCAUGUAAAUUACGCGAAAAGUUCUGAAAUUCUUUAGGAAGACGAACAUCUCUCAUUUGAAGCCUACAAAAAAUGCAACAUCUACAUGACAGACAUGCUACUCCCCCCAGCUUGGGGAUAUUUCGUCUUCAAGAAAGGCUUUCCAUUCAUGGACCAAAUCAAUCAGCUGUUGGAACGGGAGCGUUACAAGAUAGACAAGCUGUGGAAUAAGUAUCUGCGGAUCUAUCGAAGCCAAGUGGGCUGUAUUCCAUCUGAUGUUCAAGUGAUUGGAGGUGAGUAACAGAAGUUUGAAAAAUACUUCUUCAGCGAAGUACCCCUAUAUAGGGACAGCGAUUACAUUGUUCGUGGUGGAGCUAAUCGCAAUCGCCUUGUUUUUUGGAGAAGUGAUCAUCGCUCAGUUGAAGAGACGCAACAGAAGAUAG